UCAGCGCCCAUAAUUGACCUUAACUGUUUGUAUCGUGUAUGUGGUGGAGCACAUAGAAGUCGUCUGCUAUUUAAGCAGAGAUAGUAGCCUCAUUUUAAAUUCCCAGGCUGACUCUGGCCCACUGGCGGAUAUUAAGAAUAGUCAUAGUGGCCAGACAAUUGAGUUGACUUACUCGUAAAUUAUGGGGAAUACAGUGUCUGCUGCUGAAAUGACAGCAGCACAGAUUGUUGGUUCGACGGAAGUAGAAGGAGAUUUCACAGCCACAUCCCGUAGGUUGCAUGGAAGUCCACCACCUGAUUGUCCUAUGCAUAGGAAAGAAGCAGAGGUUCUUACAGUUGGAUGUCCAGUAGCUGGAAACACUGAUUUUAAUCCCUUAAAUAUGAUGCCCCCACCGAACCAGCUUCCAGCCCCAGAUCAACCAUUUCCCCUUCCAACUGAGCGACAGACAUCAUCCAUCCCCAAAGCUGGUAUGGAGAAUGAGUUCUGGGUUUAUCCAUCUCAGCAGAUGUUCUGGAACGCAAUGCUUCGUAAAGGAUGGCGUUGGAAGGAUGAGGACAUUGCACCAAAGGACAUGAAUGAUAUUAUUCAAAUCCAUAAUGCCAAUAAUGAACAGGCAUGGCAGGAGAUUUUGAAAUGGGAAGCUCUUCAUGCCAGGGAGUGUGGUUAUCCCAAACUGAAGAGUUUUGGAGGUCGUGCAAAGGAUUUUUCUCCCCGUGCGCGGAUAAGAUACUGGUUGGGAUAUGAGCUUCCAUUUGAUCGUCAUGACUGGAUCAUCGAUCGCUGUGGAAAGGAAGUUCGCUAUGUUAUUGAUUACUAUGAUGGUGGUGCAGUACAGCCUGGAAGUUACCAGUUUGCACUGUUAGAUGUUCGUCCAGCUAUGGAUUCUUGGGAAAACAUUUGGGAUCGCAUGAGGGUGGCUUAUUGGCGUUGGGUUUACAGUAAUGAUACAGCCUCAGACACCACUAACUCUUAGGUUAGAAAGGUGUAGGUGAUUUCAUCAUGUCCUGUAAAGUAUCUCAUAGUAAGUAUCAUGUGAAUAGUGUACACUCAGUAUCAAAGUUCCAUUAAUGAUUGCAUUGCCAUGAAUUACUGGAGAUGAAAGUAGGUCUGUGUUGUAUUGAUGGAAUUGUAAAAAUGUUUAGAUAAGCAAACAGCAUUGAUGUUCAUGCACACCUUCAUUAUGUUUUGUUCUAACUUAUUUUUGAAUAAAGGUUUUGUUAUUGUA